UGGUCACGUCACGUGACUUAGGACUAGCAUGAUUUCAGCGUUCGACGACAGCUAGAUUUUACAGCAGCUAGUUUAUGUAAUUUUAAACUUCUUCAAAGUGAUAAAGUGUUGUUGUUAUUUUUUGACCAACACAUAAAGCUCAAUAAAGGGCAGGCAUUAGAGCUACACUGCAUAAACUCGCGGUGUUUUGUAUCUCUUGACGUUUUUCAGAGUUAGCCUCUCGAGGUUAGCGCGUUAGCUAAGAUCAACAUGAAUAUAGACAACGUAAAUCAGUCUGUCACUCCAGGAGUUCCUUCGACGACGUCUUCAGCUUCUAGUAAUUGCAUCGUGAAUGAUAAUGCAGCAACCAACGCCAGCAGCAUCCCGUCGGCUACAAGUAAUGCUGGAGCCUUAGCUGCUGUGGCAACGCCAUCAACAGACUCAUCAGUUUCCAACGGUGUUUACCUUCCCGGUGGAAUCAGCAACGGAGACAUAAAGCCUGCAAUCUCCACCACACCUCUGGCAGAUUUCCUCAUGCAGCUGGAGGAUUACACUCCCACAAUUCCUGAUGCAGUUACAGGCUACUACCUCAAUAGGGCAGGAUUUGAGGCAUCUGAUCCAAGGAUAAUCCGUCUGAUCUCCCUUGCUUCUCAGAAGUUUAUCUCAGAUAUAGCAAAUGAUGCGCUUCAGUACUGCAAAAUGAAGGGAACAGCCUCAGGAAGCUCCAGAAGUAAGACAAAGGACAAGAAGUACACUCUGACGAUGGAGGACUUGACUCUUGCUCUUUCCGAGUACGGUGUGAACGUCAAGAAACCUUAUUACUUCACUUAAAACUUGUUCUUCUAUGUUUUUGCUUCUGAGUCUGCCGCCACCUUUACUGCUAAAUGUUU